ACAGUGAUAUUUUAAUAAGAGAAAUUAGGUUUGGUGAUGUUCAAUCCCAUCAGCUUCAUUUCUUCUCUUCUAACUCCAUCUCUCGUUCUAUAGGAGGCGCUAUUACAUUCUUUAGUCUACCGGUCCGGUAAAACCACUGAAGAAAGGAAGAAGACUGGAUCAAGACGAUGUUGACCAUGAAAGCGCAGAUGGACGUGAUCUGCUGUAAAUCAGUAGGAACUGAUCUGUCCAUGCUGGAUAUUGAGGAUUUCAUCAGUGAAAUCUGUCAGCUGAAGAAAGAGGUGGCGUCACUGGAGGCAAAGCUGAGAGAAAGAGGAGACAAACCCAACAGAGAGGAUCUGGAGAAGGUUUCAGUGUGUGUGACUGAUGGGACAGAAGCUCAGGAUUCAGUCUGGAGAUCCAGAGACACACAGGACUCAGAGCUCAGCCUCACUUUACUGUGUUAUACUGACGCUCAGGAUCAUGGAUCCGCUGAUCAAACCUCUGACUGUAACGCUGGAGAACAGCAGAUGCUGCAGACGCCGCUGAAGAUGUGCUCCGUCAAACUGGUGGACUGCAGGAACCUGAUAGAGAGCAGAGGAGAAAAAAACACAGCAGAGGAACAACAACAGAGACACGAGGAGGAGGAGGAGGAUGAUGACUUUGUUCCUUCAGCUGUAGAAGAUGACAACGCUGGUUCAUCUUCCGAUGGAGAAAUUGCCACUACAUCCAAAAAGCGACGGACAGUGACCGACUGUGGAAAAAGAUUCAGCGAACUGGAAAAUUUAGUGAGACGUGAGAUUAAAAACAAAAAACAGAAAGCCUUCAUGUGCAAGAUAUGCAACAUCAGCUUUUCUAGCUUAGAAGAGAGGAAACUUCAUUCAAAGGAGCACACCGUGAAGAAGGAGUUUCGCUGUGAACAGUGCGGGAAGGAUCUUUUCACCACUCUUUAUAAUAUGAGAGCUCAUAUAAACACACACAGUGAAAAGACUUUACAAUGCAACGUGUGUAACAAGUAUUUCCGCACCAACCAACAUCUCUCAAUGCAUAAGAGAAUCCACACGGGUGAAAAGCCAUACCAGUGCCCUCACUGCGAGAUGAGCUUCAACCAGGGAUCCCAUCUGAAGAAACAUCUUCUCAUUCACACCAAUGAAAGGUCACACCAGUGCAGUAAAUGUGGGAAAACCUUUACAAACUCAACUUCUCUCAAGUCACACCAAAAAAUACACUCUGAUUUCAAACCAUACCAGUGCCCUCACUGCGAGAAGAGCUUCAACCAGGUAUCCCUUCUGAAGAACCAUCUACUCAAACACACCGACGAGAGGCCGUAUCAGUGCAGUGAAUGUGGGAAAAACUUUACAAACUCAACUUCUCUGAAGUUACACCAAAAAAUACACUCUGAUUUCAAACCAUAUAAGUGUUCACACUGUGAGAAACGUUUCCAUCAUUCAACUCACCGGAAAACCCAUGAGAGGAUUCACACCGGAGAGAAACCGUACCUGUGCUCCUACUGUGGGAAGAGCUUUUCUAGUCCAUAUUCUUUUAAAGUUCAUCUCAGAGUUCACACUGGAGAAAGACCGUAUCACUGUAGUGAUUGUGGGAAGGGUUUUUAUAAGCUAAGUGACUUAAAAAUACAUCAGAGGACUCAUACAGGAGAAAAACCUUAUAAAUGCUCAGAUUGUGACAGGACUUUCACUCGAUCAAGUGACCUGAGGAUCCAUAAGCGAUGGCAUACAGGAGAGAAACCUUACCGCUGCUCCAUAUGUGGCGAGAGUUUCUCUUUUAAAUGGGCUUUUCAGAGUCACCAGAAGAAACACACUGACCCAGAAUCAUCAUAGCUUCAACAAUUAUUUCUAGGUUGUCUAAAAAAAACCCACACCCUUCAUUGUUACUGGAAUGCUAUUUUAUGGUUGUAAAAAACCUAAAACUACAUUGUGUCUAGAACAGGGGUGCCCAAAUCUACUACCGGAGGGCCAUUUUUGAACUAUAUUAGUGAAGUAAUGUAGGGAAUAGUGAAUGAGGGUAUAGGGGAUGAUUUCAGACACAGCAAAGGUCUUUAUUCUCACUAGAAAGUUCCAGGCAAGCGUGUUGAAGCAAAACUGUGCAUGGGCGCAUUUCACGAAAGCAUCGUUAGUCAACUAUGAUCGUAAGUCCCAUUGAACUCUAUUGGUUACAAUGGAACUUACGACCAUAGUUCGCUUUGGGAAACGCACCCCAGGACGUUGGCUCUCCAGGAGCAGGAUUGGACACCCCAGCUCUAGAACAUCAUUUACUGUGUAGAAAUAAAUCUUCUGGAUGAAAAUCGGUAUUUCUUUGUGACAACCUUAAAUUCACUGUAAUAUGCAGAUCAGUGUCUGAUAUUGGAUUAAAGUGUGUGUUUAUGAGGUAUUUGAUCACACUAACAAAA